AUGGCUAUUCAAAAGAAGCAUGGCAAGGGUCGUCUUGACAAGUGGUAUAAGCUCGCCAAGGAGAAAGGCUAUCGUGCAAGAGCUGCCUUCAAGCUGAUUCAGCUGAACAAGAAAUAUGGAUUUUUGGAGAAAAGCAAGGUCCUGUUGGAUCUUUGCGCUGCUCCGGGUUCGUGGUGCCAAGUCGCUGCCGAAGUGAUGCCUGUGAAUAGUCUAAUCGUAGGCGUCGAUCUGGCGCCAAUUAAACCAAUCCCCAGGGUCAUCACCUUCCAGAGCGACAUCACCACCGAGAAGUGCCGCGCUACAAUUAGACAGCAUUUGAAAACAUGGAAAGCCGAUACGGUCUUACACGACGGUGCACCGAAUGUCGGUACGGCCUGGGCUCAGGACUCUUUCAACCAGGCUGAGCUCGCGCUGCAAUCAAUGAAACUGGCGACCGAAUUUCUUAUCGAAGGGGGCACAUUUGUGACCAAAGUUUUUCGUUCAAAGGACUAUAACCCGUUGCUGUGGGUAUUGAACCAGCUUUUCUCAAAAGUGGAGGCCACAAAGCCGCCGUCGUCUCGGAAUGUGUCUGCAGAGAUCUUUGUCGUAUGCAGAGGUUUCAAAGCACCUAAACGCCUCGAUCCUCGAUUUCUUGACCCACGCUACGUCUUUGCCGAAAUUACUGGUGCAUCGCAGAAUAAUGAAGCAAAAGUGUACAACCCUGAGGUCAAGAAACGAAAGCGAGAUGGUUAUGAUGAAGGUGACUAUUUACAGUAUAAAGAGGUGCUAGCAAGCGAAUUCAUCCAGUCAAUGGACCCUAUUGCAAUUCUCGGUUCCAGCAACAAACUCACUUUCGAGCAGCCAAUAAAUGGCGACAUGGCUUUGGCUGCAUUAGACAAACUUCCCGAAACUACCGACGAAAUUCGAAGCUGCUGUCGCGAUCUCAAAGUUUUGGGCCGCAAAGACUUUAAGCUCCUUCUGAAGUGGCGACUCAAGGUUAGGGAAAUAUUCGGGUUCACGACCAAAAAGGAUAAGGCAAUAGUCAGUGAAGAAGUGGCGGAAGUUGAGCCCAUGGACGAAGAGCUUCGAAUACAGGAAGAGUUGCAAAACAUGAAAAACAAGGAAGCGGCGAAGAGGAAAAGGGAAAAACGGAGGGAAAACGAAAAAAAACAACGCGAGGUCAUUCGCAUGCAGUUAAAUAUGGUUGCGCCAAUGGACAUUGGUAUGGAGGAAUCCGGACCGAUUGGGGAAGGGGCCAUGUUCUCGAUGAAAGCCGUGGCCAAGCCGGAUGCUCUGCAGCGGCUUUCUAGAGGCAAAAUGGUAGCAGUACCGAACCAAGCUCCCAUCAUCCAUGAAAAUCGUGCAGAAGACUUGAAUAUUGAUGAUGGACAAAGCGACGAAGAAGAGGAUCGUUUGGAACGGGAGCUUGACUCAAUGUACGCAGACUACCGUGAGCGGAAGGCUGAGGCGGAUGCGAAGUACCGAGCUAAGAAAGCCAAAGAAGAGCAUGAUGAUGACGAAUGGGAGGGUCUCUCUGCUGAUGAAAAAGCUGAGCAAUCUGAUUCAAGUGGUCUGGAAGAGGAGGACUCCUCUGAUGAAGACGGCGAACAUCCUACGAAGAGUCUUUUGACCGAUCUUGAUGACAGCGCUCCUCCGACCAACGGUUUAUCUAAAAGGGCAGCCGCCUUCUUCAGCCAAGAUAUCUUCCAGGCUAUCACUGGGAACUCCGUGGAUUAUGAAAGCAUUGAGAUGAACCCCACCGGGGAAGUCAAAGAUACUGUCAACGACGCAGAGUCUUCGAAAAAGUCACGGAACGAGCCCAAUAACAGCAACGAGAAGAAGAGGAGGGAAGGGGGUGAUCAGAAGCUAGUGAAUUUGGGUGAAAACGAGAAAACCGGUUCCAAAGAUGACUUUGAGAUCGUCAGGCAUGCCGAUGAAGAUGAUUGGGAAGAAGAGAAGCGGCUUCCAGACGGCAAACUCGAUAUCGACAUCAUUACCGCCGAAGCAAUGACCCUUGCCCAUCAACUCGCCACGGGCCAGAAGACCAGUCAUGACAUGGUUGACGAUGGUUUCAACCGGCAUGCUUUCCGCGACAAAGAUGGUUUACCAGAGUGGUUCAUUGACGAUGAAACCAAACAUGAUAAGCCUCAUAAACCUAUCACCAAGGCUGCGGCAAAUGCAAUAAAAGAGAAGCUUAGGGCGUUCAACGCUCGACCUAUCAAGAAGGUUCGAGAAGCCAAGGCACGGAAGAAGCUCAAGGCCGCCCAGAAGCUGGAAAAACUAAAGAAGAAGUCAGACAUGCUCGCAAAUGACGAAGGCAUGACCGAGAAAGAAAAGGCUACUAGCAUAGCGAGGCUUUUAAGCAAUGCUGCUCGAAAGAAGCCUUCACAACCCGCAAAGCUCGUGGUGGCACGUGGAUUGAAUAGAGGAGUGCAAGGCAGACCUAAGGGUGUCAAAGGGCGUUACCGCAUGGUGGAUCCAAGAAUGAAGAAGGAGUUGAGAGCUCAAAAGAGGAGUGCACAGAAAAAGAAGAGGUGA